AUGCAUAGCAUGAUAACCUAAGAAUUAAUUAAUCUAAGGUAGUGAGCAACAAGUCUCCUCUUCAGAGAAACUUUUACAUUCCCCUAUUAGUUUGAUGUAACAUGAAGAGUUCCAACUUCGCGCGCUAGGCUAAUUGCAUCCAGACAAAACAGGAUAGCCUGGGCUUGAAGCUCAGAAGCCAAUCAUGAUAAUUCAUUUGCAUGACCGCUCAAUUAACGGCAAAGAUUACUAAUAGCAUAAUCUUCAAGGACGGAAUUGCACAUCAUUUAGUCUAGUGUGAUAUCUACUGUCAAGUUAACGCGUAUAUGGCUGAUUAAAGUGUCCUAGCUUCAUAACAACCAGAUUGUAUAAAGACGAGUUACAGGCGACCCUUGUAGAGGUCUUUCGGCCAUAUAACUUGCCGAAUUAUUACUCCAAAUACCGGCUUAUUUACCGCGGCACUGUCAGUCAGCGCUGAGUGAGAACCAACCACCCCGGAAAAGCGAUGCAUAAGAAUCUGGAGAAGUUAAGUAAGCGGCGUAGGUUAGGUCAUCAACCUAAUGUAGUAUAUAUAACGUAGCUAGCUGUCGACAUAGCCAUUAUGAGUGGUAUGGGGUACACCGUACUAUCAUUAGACAGGAUCAAAAUGGCUGACCUUGUUAGUAUCUCCCUCACGAAGUUCCUUUUCGUUAAAGCUCUCCUCCUGCUACUCGCAUGCCAUGUGAGCUCCAGCAGCUCACUGCAAGGAAACUUGAUACUCAGCAAUGGAAGUAUUCAUACUAUGAGCGAAGCGGAGGAGGUGGUAUCAGUUGUAGGAAUCAAAGACGGUCUGAUCGUCUACGUCGGAGACAGCCAAGCCGAGGCCCUCAGCAAGUUCCUCGGCGCCCCAUCCAUCGUGGACCUACAAGGCCGCACCGCAGUCCCCGGGCUAAUUGACAGCCACAAUCACAUUGUUCUGCUAGGAAACAGGCCAGGAUACCACACUCCAUUAGAGAAUGCAUACUCCAUCGCCGAUGUGCAAAGCACAUAUCAGUCGCGCGGCAAGGGUGUCCCUCAAGGGAAUUUUAUUACCACCAUCGGUGGCUUUCACCCAAACCACUUCGCAGAGCGCCGGCUCCCAACGCUCGCCGAGCUUGACGCCGCCGCACCCAAUCAUCCGGUUUUCAUCUCCUACAGCUUCGCAGGCCCAGCGACAACAAACAGUCUCGGAAAAGCAUUUUUCGAAUCCCUUGCUUCGCCACCCGUAAUCAGUGCAAACGGAUCCAUUACUUCUGGGGAGAACAAUGGAAAGGCCCUCUUAGCACUCAGGAAACAGCUCACGUUCGCGGAUCGCAAGCGCGGGGUCCAUGAUGCGAUGAUGUAUGCGGUAUCAAUGGGUGUGACAACGCACCUUGACCAGGGCGCGUUUCCGAAGACGGAUACCCCGUCUGACGGCGCUGCGAACGAGGACUUGUAUUCCAUGCAUCUGCCCUGGUUAUCUGUGUACGACGACGAGGAAGGGAUUAUUCGCCUCCGGAUCAAUUUUCUGCACAUGGACGAUAGUACCGACGUGUCUACUGUGCAGCAACGACUCUUGAAUACCUUUAAAUUCUUCGGUAGUGAUAUGGUGCGCACGGGGGGUAUCGGCGAGUUCAUCACUACGGAUUAUGCUGGCGGACAGUUCUUCACCGAGGGAGCGAGGCGCGUAGCUGAGGCGGGCUGGCGUCUUGAAGUGCAUUCGCUGACUGGCACUGACUUCCAGUCGCAAAUCCAGACCUUUGAGGCAAUCAAUGCGAACAAUAGCAUUGAGGAUUUGAGAUGGGUGGUUGCUCAUGUACCUCUGAUCACCCCCGAGUAUCUGCAAAGGCUCAAGAAGAUUGGCGGCGGGGUUAAUCUCUCGGGAUGGCAGUACUUGGCGGGUAAUGGCCGUGCAGCUGGACCACCAUUUAGAGAUAUCCUGGAAAGUGGGAUCCCGGCUGGGAUUGGGGCCGAUGGGAUGCAGAUUGCGCCGCUUAAUCCGUGGGUUCACGCGUAUUAUGCGACGACGGGAAAGAAUGCGCUCGGCCAGGUGAUCAAUGCCGGUCAGCUGCUAAGUCGGCAGGAGCUGCUGCGCUUGUACACGCGCGCGAAUCAGUGGUUUCUUGGGGGCCGGGAUGAAGGGCUCCUUGGGUCGAUUGAGGUUGGUCGGCUUGGAGAUGUAGUUGUGCUGAACGAGGAUUAUUUCAGUGUUUCUGAUGAGAUGUUGAAGAAGUUGAAGUCCGUUCUCACAGUUGUUGGGGGUACUGUCGUUUAUGAUGAGAGUAGUUUGGCGAGCCAGGGGGUGACAAGACGCUGAUUCAAGACCCCCUGACACUGCUUUACUGAGAAGUUC